GAUAUCAGACACACGGAUCCGCGCGCGCCCCACUACCUGUUUUUGACUGGGGCUGGAUACGGGAGGCGUUGCCAGCAGAAGCAGCGGUGUGAGCGCGCGAGUCUCUUCUGGUAAUCACAAAGCUGGGAGCGAAGAGGUGCGUUCGUUGGAGCGCAGUCUGUUUUGAUCAUUGAGAGGAAAGGCACAGCAUCUUUCAAAGGUGGAAACUGAAUAUUUGUGAUGCGGAAGAAGCGGGAAUGCAGGAGUUUGGAAAGGCACGUGCGCUCUGAAGCUCAUAUUCAUUAAGCGUUUUGGUUUUUUUUUAAGUGAUUGGGAUGUAUGGUUAACUGGCGAGGCUGUUGAGCACCUUAAGUUGCCCGAGUUCUUUGUCAUUUAGCGCAAAUGCUGGAAUGUCUUGUAGUUGUGUUCAUUGUGAUCCUGGUGGUCUUCAUCUGGCCAGGUUCCGCGUAUUUUUACACAGAGGGACAGACGGAUGCGCUGUUAGAGGGGCUGGAGGAGAACUCGAAUACCAAAAACGACAGCUUUACGCACAACAAACCUGACGUUAAAAAGGACUCCGUGACGUUCAUAUGCAAACCAUCAGCUCUGGCCAACUACCUGCUGAAACACUGCAGAAGUUUUAGUGACUAUUCUCCAUGUGUGGGCUGGACCUGGAGGGCGAGCGCCGUGCUUCAGAGCGUGUACGAGGCGUGCUGGCCAUACCACGGUGCAGUCCAGUUCGUGCGGGAUAACCUGCAGCUGAGUGACGAGGGGCUGGUGGCAUUGGACUGGGCAGUGCCCUCAUACCAGAGGAGACGCAGAACAUCCAGCCACUCAUCCAGCCCAGUGCUGCUCAUUGUGCCCAAUUCGUUCGGGAGGAUUACGAGAAAUGUGCAAAAGUUAUGUGAAACCGCCCUGUUCCACGGCUACCUCCCAGUCGUUUUCAAUCGCCGUGGACACAACGGGGCCCCUCUUACCUCAGUCAAACUGCAGCAGUUCGGUGACCCCUCCGACCUCCGGGAGGCAGUGCGCUACAUCCGCUACCGGCAGCCCGCAGGUCGUCUGUAUGCAGUGAGCGAGAGCACAGGGGCGGGGCUUCUGCUGUCCUACCUGGGCGAGUGUGGUUCAUCUAGCUAUGUGACCGCCGCCGUGUGCCUGUCUCCAGUGUUCCGCUGCCAGAGCUGGUUUGACAAAGGGCUAUGGUGGCCGCUCCAGUGGGCUAUAACACUGUACCAGAAGUUUGGCCUCUGCAGGUACCGGAGUGCAUUGGGCCAAAUCAUCCAGACCGAACAUCUGUUUUCCAGGUCCUCUUUAAGGGGCAUAGAGGAGGCACUAUUUUGUCACAAUUCAAUAAUAGCGCCACCCACAGGAAGCAGCCUUUCAUGGGAUACAUACUGGGAACACAAUGAACCUUUAAGAGAUGUUGACGAGGUAGCUAUCCCAGUAUUGAGUAUAUGUGCAAAGGAUGACCCUUUUCGAGGUGAUGCUAAGUCCACCAUCCCAUUAGAACUCUUUGAAACAAACCCACAUUUUUUCCUGCUUUUGACUAAUCGUGGUGGUCAUUGCGCAUUCUCUACCGCAUCUCCCAACACAUACAGGGAUGUGGCUGCAAAUAACUGUGGAUCUGACAAGCAAGAGAUCAACUGGAGUCACAAAACCAUGCUAGAAUUCUUCAGGGCUAGCACAGACUUCUUUGCCGCAGAGGAGAGAUCCAAGCAACUAGCUGCAAGGAGGAGGGGAUUAGGUGGGGUUAGUGGAGGUCGGGUGUUCCGCAACCGUAGUAUUAGCACGUGUAAGCGGGUGCCGGCCUGUUCUCAUAAUAUUCAUGCUAUUUACAAUUGGCAGAGGUCCUAUACACGAUGAUGAAGACUGAAUACAAGCAAAUGUAAUUAACUUAAUGUAAUGAAUGUAAUGAAUUUGUUUUGUUUUGCUGGUCUUUGGCUUGUAUUUUUCAGGUCAGCACUACAUAAUGUGUUGUGCUCAAUAUUUAUUAAGAGAUUAGUUUUCUAUGCACAAUUGAUGGUUGCAUAAAUGUAAUUAUUUUGAAGACAAUAACAAGACAAUUAUGGAUCAUAUUUUCACACAAUGUCCGAGAAAGUGCAACAGUUAUACUGUAACUGAUUUGAUUUGCAUGUGGUGUGAAGAAAACAACACAUUUAAAAUGUCAUGUACCCUUAAGUUCUGUAUUCAUCAUUUCAGUUUUCACCCUGAAAAUUGGCAACAUCAGAAGACAGCAAUAAAUCAAAACAGAACAGCCUUAUAAUAUAUAUUUUUUUCUGUUACUAAUAUUACUAUGAUACUAGUAUAUUGUUUUUCAUUAACAACCUAAAGACUACCUGAGUGUGUCUACCAAGCUUUCUGCCAUAUUAACAUGGGAGUUAUUGGAUAAAUGCAUCUAAUGCACAGAAAUUAACAAGUCCAUUAGUUAACUCAUGAUAAUAUUAUUGUUAGAUGGUGUGUCAUUUCAAUAUGCACUGCAGUCUGUUUUGUGAUGUGUAUGUGUAUUUAUUUUCUGGCUCAGCUAUUAGUGGUGCACAGAUGUUAAAUAUACAUGUUUAGAAUUUCACUGUCCAUUCAGCACUAUUAAUUCUAUUAUUAUUAUUAUUAUUCUAUUAUUCUCUAAUAUGUUAUUUUUACUCAGUAGAUUUGUUUUCAGACUUAGCUGUUCUCCAUUCUUUUAGAAUAAAGAUGGUUAUAUUGGUUUAAAUUUUUGAAGUUGUUUCAUAAAUUGUAAAUUGUAUUAGUUUUGGCUGAAGUCUGCAAAUAAAGGGAAAUCAGUGUUAAUAUUUA